AUGCUGAACACUGUCACGUCUGCGGUUGUUGGACCCAGGGGGUUUGUGUUGAAAAUAGGACACAUCCCCAAGGAACUUGGAGCUCUAACUAACCUGGAGCUGCUUUGGCUGGCAGGAAAUCAGCUCAUCGGACCCAUCCCCAAGGAGCUGGGAGCACUUAGUAGGCUGGAGAAGCUUUGGCUCCACCGCAACAACCUCACAGGGCACAUCCCACCGCAGCUAGGGAAUCUGCGCGCCUUGGAGAGCCUCUGCCUCGAUCGCAACUCUUUAGAAGGUGCGAUCCCGGCGCAGCUCGGCGCUCUCAACAAGCUCGCGAGGCUCGACCUGUCCGACAACCAGCUCAGCGGACUCAUUCCCAAGGAGCUGGGAGCGCUGAGUAAGCUGGAAAAGCUUUUGCUCGCAGGAAACCGGCUCACAGGCCAUAUCCCGCCUCAGCUCGGACAGCUUGGCGCCCUCCAGUACCUCUUCCUCUCCGGCAACAAGUUAGAUGGCCCCAUCCCGCGGGACCUCGGGAACCUCGCAGCGCUACAAUACCUCAACCUUGGAAACAACGAGCUAAGCGGUGCGAUCCCGACGCAGCUCGGCGCUCUCACUAAGCUCACGUGGCUCGACCUGUCCAACAACGAGUUAGAUGGCAUGA